AUGCGUUGGGCAACACAACUUGCUGUGUUUGGUUUUGGAGAAACGACCAAUAGCGAAGUACCUUAUGAAGAAGCUGAACAACCUGAAGUAGCUUACCCACAAACUCCUCUGACAGAAUAUCAGUGGACCUUCACCAAGCAGAUGUCCUUAAAUGAACGCCAGGAAUCAAUUCUACAGAGAAUUCUUAAACAGCCAGAAUUUGCAUCAGUUACUGAAGAAAAUGAUGAAGAACUCUUACAGUCUCUGAUUGAUUUAUUCUUUGGGGGAGUCACCAGCACACUGUCUGCAUUAGAGUUCGUCCUAAUGUAUCUGUCAAAGAACCCUACAAUGCAGCAGUGGGCACAGAGCGAAAUAGACAAAGUCACUGAGGCUAACGGAGGAAGGAUAACCUUAUCUAUGAAAGAUCAGAUGCCGUAUAUCCAAGCCUGUAUUGCUGAAGGUUUAAGACUGGGGGUUGUCACACCAUCAACACUGCCUCAUGUUGCCAAAGAAGAUACUGAGAUUGAAGGAUAUGCCAUACCAAAAGGCACUUUUGUCCUGGCCAGCAUCAUCAGCUUACACUAUGACCCCAAGUUUUACCUCGAUGCAGAUGAAUAUAGACCCCAGCGCCACAUUGAUGGUGAUGGUCACUUUAUAGCUCCGAAAUGUUACCGACCAUUCGGUGUUGGUGCUCGUCGCUGUGUAGGAGAUAAAAUUGCAGAGAUGCAGCUUUUUUUGUACAUCGUAACCAUCCUUCGUCACUUUACUGUUGAGUCUGUGGGUGAUAAGAAAGCAUCAGCAAUGGAGACUCACAUGCGUAUAAUUCACAGGCUCAAAGAUUUCAAGUGUGUGCUGCGGCAAAGACUUUAA